UCUCCCCUCCCAAGAGCCCCCCAAGCAGCAGCCCCUACCUCCCCCCCCCACUCACCCAGAGGGACACCCCCCUACACCUCCCUCCUGCCCCAUUUGCAAACUGUUUGCAGACCCCUGGGGGCCGAUUGCAGCUGGUGCCACCGCUGGGGGGGGGGAAGGGAGAGGAAAGGGGGGACCCCACCCCUUUCUGCCCCCCUCUUCCCAGCAGCCUUUGCAGCUGGCUGCAAGCAGAGGAGACAGGAGCAGCAUUUGCAGGCAAAAGGAGAAACCCAGGGGGCUCUCUCCAUGUCGGCGCGCCUGGCCCUGGUGGACUGGCUGGACGAAGGCUUCUCCAGCAUCAUCGAGCUGGCGGCGGUGAGCGAGCCGCGCCGGGACCCUGCCCGCUACCGGCCGGGCCAAGAGGUAGCGGCCCGGUGCCCCCUCUUCAAGGGGCUGAACCGCGCCCGCAUCCUGGCCCUCAGCGGGGACAGGCAGGAGUUGAAAUGGAUCCAAGUCCAGGCCGGGGGCUGUCCUGGGAGCAGCUGGGGGGGCGGGAUGCCGCGGGGCCCCCCCUACCACCGAGUGGCGACAUGGAGACGGGACAGAGUACCCCCCGAGAGAAGGAAACACAGCACAGGAGGCAACGCCGAUGAUGUCACCACCUCCGUGCUCGACCCUGAAGGGACCCAGGUGUCCGAGGACGAGGGCCGGGCGACUCCCCAGAGCACCUCAUCCUCGGAAACCUGGCAUUCCUCCUCCCCCGACUGCCCCCACGUGGACAGCUCUGGCUGUGGGGUUCCCUGCUCCCCUGGCCCCGCGGACCCAGGCGUCCGGGCGGGGCCGACCGAGCCCUGCGCCAGGCCGGAGUGCGAGAGGAUGCGACAGGAGCUGGAGGCGCUGAGGGACCGAUACGCCAAGCUGGAGGCUCAGAACGCUGUGCUGUCCCAGAGACUCGGGGGCGAUGUGGAGCUGCCCAGGGAGGUGGACAGCAGUUCCGUGCGGCCGGAGCCCGGGCUCUAUCAGGACCCUGCACUACCUCAGAAACAUGGGAUGCAGGAGCUGGUGCCAGGAGGGGGCGUGUUCCUCUACCCCGCCCAGCUGGCCCUGGCCCGCUCCAGCGCCCGCAGCCAGACGGCCCUGGCCCGGCUCCUGCUCGACGUCUUCUUCUCCCGCCAGGAGCAGGCACGGAGCAACCUGUCCGGGGAGAACGGGCUGCGCCGCCUCAGCCCCCCCGUCGUCAGCGCCAUCGUGGCCUAUGCCGUGGGUCAGUCCCAGUUCCAGCCCAGCAGUGCUGCCGUCAUCAAGAACUCGCUGCGCAACAAGCUGGGCUGCCUGAGAGCCCCGUCCCGCCAGCAGGGGGCCACCAGGGGGCGCCCCGCGGCCUGAGAGCCCCGUCCCGCGGCCUGAGAGCCCCGUCCCGCCAGCAGGGUGCCACCAGGGGGCGCCCCGCAGCCUGAGAGCCCCGUCCCGCUGCCUGAGAGCCCCGUCCCACCAGCAGGGGGCCACCAGGGGGCGCCCCGCGGCCUGAGAGCCCCGUCCCGUGGCCUGAGAGCCCCGUCCCGCCAGCAGGGGGCCACCAGGGGGCGCACUGCGGCCUGAGAGCCCCGUCCCGCAGCCUGAGAGGGCCGUCCCACCAGUAGGGGGCCACCAGGGGGCGCCCCGCAGCCUGAGAGCCCCGUCCCACUGCCUGAGAUCCCUGUCCCACCAGCAGGGGGCCACCAGGGGGCACCCCGUGGCCUGAGAGCCGCGGCCUGAGAGCCCUGUCCCGCCAGCAGGGGGCCACCAGGGGGCGUCCCGCGGCCUGAGAGCCCUGUCCCGCCAGCAGGGGCCACCAGGGGGCACCCCGCAGCCUGAGAGCCCCAUCCCACCAGCAGGGGGCCACCAGGGGGUGCACCGUGGCCUGAGAGCCCUGUCCCGCCAACAGGGGGCCACCAGGGGGCGCCCUGCAGACUGAGAGCCCAUCCCACCCCCAGGGGGCGCCCUGCAGCUGAGAGCCUGUCCCCCUAGCAAGGGGCCACCAGGGGAACCCCGUGGCCUGAGGGCUUGUCCCGCCAGCAGGGGGCCAUGCCACAGCCUAACACCCGGCAUCCUCCCAGCAGGGGUGCCCAGGAGAGCUGUGAAUGGGGCGUGAUUCUGAUCUCAAUACAGAAGGUUUUUUGACACCUCUGAGUCCCUGGCUCUUUAUCUGUGGGAGGGACUCAGGACUCCUGGGUCCUCUUCUGGCUCUGGGAGGGGA